GGUCUGACUACCUGGAUUUCACCGAUCCCUGGGAAUUAAUUAUGUGUCCUGUGCCGAUAUGGGGAAUUUUGAAUUAUUACUAGAAAGAUAACUAGCUGUCAUUGUCCUGUCCCAUGAUGGAUACUUGGAUAGUGGUGAAAUCAUUUUGAGGUUAGGUUAGGUAGCAAACAAAUAAAUACAGAAUAUUGUGAAUUAUAAGAAAUCAAAAAAUGUGGACGUAAUUGACUGCAAGGGAGAUGUCGGUCUGAUAUGCACUGCUCAAAUUAAGCAAUAAACAUGUCAGGUGAAUCUCUAGACAAAACAGUGAGAGUAUAAUAUGGAUAUGGAACUGUGACAAUAUAUUAGGAUUUAGUUUAAGCAAUGAUUACAGUGCAUUGGACCAUUCGACGCAUCCCUGAAUCUCUACAGUAAGUUUGUUGAGAGAAAAAAAUAACAUCGUGAUAAACCUUGUUGUUUUCUAGUGAUUUUGUAAAAACAUUCUUCAGAAAAUGUCACAUUACAUUCCGUUCUCUCACAUACAACUACUUUUUGGACCAAAGCUAUGCAGCCGAUGUCUGUAUGGAACCUAUGUUUUGGUUUGUUGACAAUUUUACUUAUGCAAUAGGACCUUUAUUUGUUGUUGCGGUUGUAGCCCUAACAGCAUCAGUAGUUUCCAUAGCAUAUUGGAUAGGGAUUCCAUAUUGGUGGAAUCGAAAUAGUUAUCUAUGUAUUAUUCUAGUCAUCAUGGGACACUGGCUGUUAUUAAACAUUGUUUUCCACUAUUAUAUGGCUGUUGUUACGCAUCCUGGGUUCCCCCCUGAGGGUGAACUAAUAACUGAGGCAGUAAGCAUAUGCAAAAAAUGCAUUGCCCCAAAACCACCAAGGACACACCAUUGUUCUGUAUGUAAUCGUUGUAUUCUAAAAAUGGAUCAUCACUGUCCAUGGCUCAAUAACUGUGUGGGUUUUAGAAACCACCGGUAUUUCUUUUUGUAUAUGGUAUACACAGUACUGGGUGUACUGUUUGUGAUAAUUUGUGGAUUUGAUGUAGCUUAUACAGCAAUAUUUCUAUCACCUGCUGAUUUGGAUGAACCUGAACUGGAAGGGCAUUCUGUGAAAAUCAAUAGAACAGGGGCAUUGAUUCCAGUGACUGAUGCUCCUGAUUUAGAUAAGUCUCUGAUUGAAGAUGAACCAGUGUUGGAGUAUAUUAGUCCUUGGAGGCGCAGAGCUAUCAUAUAUAUGGCGCUUAUUAACACAGGUGUAUUUGUGGCCUUAGGAGUUCUAUCUUUAUGGCACUCAAACCUCAUUGGUCGAGGAGAGACGAGUAUUGAAGCAAACAUAAACAAAGCAGAGACUAUAAGAUUAGCCGAGCUUGGCAGAACAUACCUAAAUCCUUACAACUUUGGCAGAAAGAAGAAUUGGAGAAUAUUCUUGGGCUUAGUACAGAGAAGGUCGUUUUUAAAGAAUGUUCUACUCCCAUCUGCUCAUGAACCAAUUGGAGAUGGUCUGACUUGGCAUACAAUACAUGAUGAACACGUUGACGAAUGGCCAUAAGCUUGAGGAACAAUUUACAUUAACCAAAUUUAACAUUCCAACAUUAUCAUUUUGCCAUUCCAAAGAGCUAUUCUAAAUGAUGCAUAGAAGUUACAGUUUAAGAAAAAAAAAACGUUCAUUCUAUGCUAUCCUCUAUAGUUAUAAGAAAUAUUCAAGUAUUUCGUAGAUUUUCGUACCUUCCAUUACAUAUUGUACAGCUUAGGCACAUAGCUCAUUCUGUAUAUUUGCGUAAAAAAUAUUCACAAAAUGUGUGAUAAUUCAUCUUAGUUAAUGAAAUCCUAUAUUAUUUGUUUGAAUUGUGAGUCGCACUGAAAAAACAUAUCCAAUUUAAUAUUUUUCAUAGGUUGAUAUUUUUCAUUUAUUGAAUGAAAACUUGUGGAAUUUUUUUGGUCAUACUACUACCUCUGAUUAUUACCAAAGAGUUGUUUUAACAAUAAGGUACAUAACGUUGAGUAUAAAACUGAUUAUUACCGUGAAUGAGAACAGUUAUAAUCUUUUUGUAUUAAUGAUUGUGAAUGUGCGGUUUUUAUUGAAUACAUUUAUUUCCGUAGAAAGUUUUACCCGAUCAUUUAGCGAUAUUUGGUCAUUAGGUGCAAUCGGAAUGUCUCUGCAUAAAAAAACUAAAAUGCGAGCUUAUGUUUCAGAAAAGAACCCUCAAUUUAUGUAUACCUCAAUGUUAACAAAGCUCACGAUUCAUUGUGGGCUUGCAGACGUGUUGUCUGUUGUCUAGAAAUAUUGUAAUUUGUUAUGUGGGCACUCUUACUGAUGGCAUAUGAUCGGUUUUCUGCUUUUUCAUUAUGCAAUAAGUUCAAAUGAUUGAUUGUGAAAAUAUAUUUCUAAAUUUACUUUGUAAGUGGUGGAAUAUAUUAAUGGUUAAAGUAAGUCAUUUACAUUUUCGUAUAUAAAAUGUGACUCGAUCCGGGUUUUUUCGAAUUAGUUUUCUAGGGAAACAUUUAAAAAACACUUGAAACGUACUUUUUGGCGCUUGUGAAAAGUGUGUUUCAACAGUUUUAGUAUUUUUUUUCGCAGGGAUAAAAAUCGAUAAAACACGGAUCUCCCUAAAAUAUUAUUAAGUUUGUUGUUUACUAUUUAAAAGACUGGAAAAUUGUUAAAGUGUAGUUUCAGAAUUAACGAUCUCAAAACUUGUUUUGCUUUUGCAGUACGCUACACAUAAGCGAAAAAUAAAUGAUGGUGUAGAAAACGUGUUUCAUUUAAGCUAACGAACGAAGACCGGUAGCGCAUCAAUUCGACUUCAAGUAGCUGCACUAAUCUUGAUAUCACUCAGGCUCAAACUGCAAACUUUUAUAUAUGUCACCAUUGAAAUGUAGGUAUUUGAGGUGUAGGCUUGAAUCCCUUACAACACAUCUUGCGAGAAAAUAGCAGCGUCCUUCUCCUUCCAUGCACUGCGGCCUACUGAACGGAUUUCAGCAGCCCCUCGUAGUCAUUCAAAAUAUAUUCAUCCGUAUACCUGUUAUGAAUGAUUUCAAACUAAUUCUGUGCCUUUUAAACUAAACAAAUGUUAAAAACUGCAACAUAAAAUUCGAGGAGGUAUAAAAGACUGCAUAAAAAAUUAAGUUAGCCAACGCAUUAUUGAAUCCG